AUGUCCUCAUCUACCAAACCAGCCUACGUCUCUUCAUCUGGAAGCCUCGGGGAACGCCCCUUGGCUGUCCGUAUCUCGGACACCGUGGCAGAUGCCGGGUCGCUCGCGUAUCUCUUCUUUGAGACUUUACUGAGCCCCAUCCUGAACCCCGCGUCCUGGACGAACCCCUCAGCUACCGGCUCAAGCGUUACUAGGGGGCGAAACGACGGGAACUCGGGGUCAGGGCGGUCCCUUGGCGGAGGGGGCGGCGGGGGUGGUGGGAGUGGAGGGGGCGGUGGUGGAAGGGGCGGAGGAGGGGGUUUCAUGUCGAUGGGAGAUCUUCGAGGUGGUGGAACGGUGGAUGGCUGCCGGUCGACUUGCGGAUGA